AUCUUAACAGUGUGAAAAAAGUUCUAGAGAUCUAAAUGUUUAGUUUUUUAUACAAUAUGAAAGAGAUAACGGUGACACAUUUUAUACCUAUUGUAAAGGCUAGCAACAUAUAUGCUUAGAAUUUCAUUUUAAAAAUACCAAACUAUAAGGAGACAUUGGAAAGAUACAAAUUCCAAGAAACCGUCGUUGGAUAAUUAUAAAAACACGUCAUCAUAGAUAACAUCGAGGGUAGAUAAAGGUGUUUAUUUUUUCUGGAGCACGCUUACACGUUGUGCACAGUGGAUAAAGAUUACAAUUGAGUUUCUUUAUUUAAACAACAUGCAUGUUGUCACCCCCACUAGAAAUUCAAUCUUUGAUUAAGAUACGACAGUUCGACUGAAGAAACAUUGAUAAUGUAGUGUCGACAUGCAUCAGAAGGAAUCAUAUUUUAAUCAGAAUGAUAUAAACAAGAAACGCAUAGUUCUAUCUUGUGAUUUCAAUGGAUACAUGAAACACAUGGCAACUUGGUAUGGGACUGUCAUUUCAGUAGUGUUAAUACUCUUUGUCUUCCUUUGUCCAGCAGAAUGUGUUGUAGACCUAAGUUGCGGAUCCCCCUCUACAAUUACACUUAACAGUGCGUAUGAAAGCUACAGGUAUCCUGCAUCCGGAACAUAUCCAACACUAACAACAUGCGAAUGGCUGUUUCAAUCACCUGAUUCAAGUUCAAAAUUUUCCUUCGUUGUGUCUGAUAUAUACGUCGACUGUGGAGAUGUUUUCAAUUUCUAUGAUGGUGAUUCAGACAGCGCCCCGACUAUUGCUACCUCUAUCUGUUGUUCUACUUGUGGGACAACACUGCCUGCGAAGACAUCAACCGGAAGUAAAAUAUAUGCAAAGUUAACCACUGACAGCACCACUAAUCCGGGAAGGGAAAAUGGCUUCAAAGUAUCCAUUGUUUAUGGAAAGGAUGAAUCAAACUGUGCUUCAAAUGGAACAUCAAAUAAUGUUGAUCUAUCAGGUUCUGUGACUCUCUCUUCGCCGCAGUUUCCUGCUACGUACCCAAUAAAUCGCGUGUGUUCUUACACUUAUACAAACCCCAAUGGAAUAGUUAAGAUGGAGUUCCUAUUUUUAGACGUCGAAUCAAACGGCCCCAGCGAUUGUUAUGAUUAUAUUAAUAUAUAUGACGGAGAUACAACUAGCUCAACGCGAAUACAGCAGGUGUGUGGAACCACUAUUCCUGGCAUAAUUACAUCAACUGGAUCCUCAUUGACCAUAUUGUUUUAUAGUGACGGUUUCAGUCCAAAAGUAGGAUAUUUAGCCAACAUUUACCCUGAAAAUUUAGUCUCUGCUACAACUACAUCUCCAGCUCAAACCACAAGUUUAGGAGAAUCCACAACACUGUAUAUGAGUAACUCGUCGAGCGUUGAAACAUCGACCUCAUUUGAAGUUUCCGCUACAUCAAGUAGAGAAUCAUCAACUUCAUCACUAGUUACAAGUACUUCUGUGACUAGUACAUUAACAGUGGAAUCAUCAACUUCACCAAAAGUUACUAGUCCACCUGUGACUAGCACAUCAACAGUUGAAUCAUCAACUUCACCACAAGUUGCUAGUACAACUGUGACUAGCACUUCAGCAGUAGAAUCAUCAACUUCAUUCCAAGCUACUAGUCCACCUGUGACUAGCACAACAGUAGAAUCAACAACUUCACCCCAAGCGACUAGUCCACCUGUGACUAGCACAUCAACAGUAAAAUCAUCACCUUCACCACAAGCUACUAGUUCAUCUGUAACCAGCACAUCAACAGUGGAAUCAUCUACAUCACACAUCUUGACAACAUCUAUGAUAAGCUCAUCAACAGAUUUAUCAACAUCACCCGAAAUAAAUACUACAUAUAUGAUUAAAAAAAUAGUCAUGAAAUCCAUAACUACAGCUACGGCAAAACGGAAACCAGCAGUCUUUGCUCAAACAACUUUAGAUGGUUCAUCCAAUGACGGCUGGAAAAUCGGUGUUGGUGUGGUUAUCCCACUAGCAGUUAUAGCUAUUGGAAUAGUGUUUGUCGUUCUUUAUCAUAAAAAGCAAGAACAACAUGAAAUAACGCCGACAUCAGAAAAGAGGGGUUUAGACAAAGAGCUUCCUAAUAAUCAACAGGAGAUUCAAAUGGAUGAAAAAAAUCAAAACGUUCAGAAAAAAAUAGAUUCUGUUUAAUGAAGUCUAAAAAAACGAGAUUGCGUUUUAAACUACAUGAUUUAAUCAAAAUGCCUUGAGAAAAAAAUAUUAAAUAGUUUAAUUAAAUGAUAUUAAGAUUGGCAAAAUGUAUCGAUCAGAGGGCUUUAUGAUAUAUUUAAUCAUGCCGACUAUAUUUGAUUACCUCAUAAUGUGUAAACAAUGAUUACUUACUACUUAUAAAAUUUUUAGAAUAUCAACUUGAUUAUUUUUGAAAUGCAUUUGACUAUACGUUACGAAAUCAGUUCGUAGUGUUAUCAUAGACAGGGACACUGGAAAAUGUAAAUAUAAAUGUUGUUAAAGGAAAAGUCUAAAAAAAAAUGUGCAUAUUUGAUGGUACAUUUCAUUACUUUUAUUUUAUUACGAAGUAAUUCAAUUUCAGGAUUUAAACAGUUACAAAAGCUUGACCAAAUUUCAAUUCAAGAGUUAUUAUGAUGAAUGUUGUUUACAUUGAAGUUUCUAUAUUAUUAUGUUUAACAUAAAGUUUUACCUGUUAUUCAUUAUUUAUGCGCUGGGUAUAUGUUUUAAUCUAAAGGCGUCUAUUCCCUAAAAUAAUGUUUUAACUUCUUCCUAUUAUUUGAAUGUGAACAUGUUUUUGUACACGUAUUUUAAUAAUAAAACACAUUUCACAAAAAAAAAAA